AUGUCCAACUACCUGAAGAAGAGGGCGCUUGAACCCCUGCGAUACUACGUCCCCUCCCUCCUUCAGGCUCGGGAUCAGCUGAGCGGCCUUGGCACCGUGAUGAUCGAGGACGCCAAGGAGGCACGCUCCCGCCUGCGGACGGGAGCCUUUGCUGGUCUGCGCGAGGCAGUGAAUGCGGUGGGGGAGUACACCAGCCGGGAUGGAAAGCAGAGCACUGCCUUCUUGAGAAGCCUGGAGGACCUUGACUUCAGCAUCUUCCAGGCUGUCAAGGGGCGGGACUCCAUCGGCCCAGCCUCCCUGUCCAAGGUGGACCGUGCUGUGGCUGCGCUGGAUGCCGUUCUGGCGGCUGUUCCAGGGGACGAUCUGGACUAUGGAAAGCGCAUCGUCACGCAGCUGCGGGCGCCCCUGCCCCCUGUCUGA